CGUAUGCCAACGCCGCGAUCGCGUCGCCGUCGUACUACUACAACGACCGAUACUACUCUAUGCCCACCACAACAACUACUACUACUACUACGACUAAUAUACUUACGGUUUGCUCUGUGCAACUGGUGCCGAAUCUGCGCCGGGGUAGUCGCACGCUGAACACGCGUCUGGUAGGUGCGAACACGCUCUCGUGAUAUUGGUACAGUCGUCGGCGUCGAUCCGUUCCGUUUUUCGCUAUAUUAUAUCAUUUUCAAUAAUAAAAUAUAUUAUAUUAUUUCGCGUACGCGCCGUAAUAUAAUAAUAAUAAUAUAACAUUAUAUACGUUUAUUAUUAUUAUUAUUAUUGAAAUAUAAUAUAUUGUUUUAAAUCUGUGCGUCUCGCGUCUUCACGAGGUAUUUACCGAGCGUUUUUUUUUUCGCCACACGUCCGUGGUGAAAAUCUAAAAAUAAUCAAAAAAAAAAAUAUCGAACAGAAGUAAUUCGCAUUUUCUGUACCGCGUGUCACGUAUAAUAUCGCAAAUAUUACAUAUUAUAAUUAUUCGUAACGCCGUCGCGUCCGAGUGGUUGGUGGUGCCGUUAACUCUAUACAUUAAUAUUAUUUCACAUCAUUGGAGGACGCGAGUACAUGAAUACGGCACAUAACUGCAGUUCGCGCACACGAUGAACCCGACGGUCGUGCCGUUGUCCUCUGCAGCCAUCGUAUCCGUCGUCGUCUUCGCCGUCUGUCAUUCGACCGCCGCGAACUCAUCGUUCUACCGGUGACACGAGAUAGCCAUUGCAGUACACAUCGUCGAGAAGUAGGUGUGUGUAAAAAGGUAGGUGGUCGUCGACAACCGCAAACGAAGUCGUUCUCGUCGACACCGAAUUUCCGCGACAGUGUUACGCGUUCCGAGCGCCGUACCGCUAUCAGCUCGCGCUCCUGCAGCUCCGUUACACUGCACCGGCACGUCACGUCGUCCCGUGCACACGCGUAGAGACGUAAUAUAAUAUAAUAUUAUCGCCUACACCGUCACCAUGAACUCGCCGCAGAUGUACGACACGGCACCGCAGCCGCACGCCCAUCAGCCGCACCACCAGCUCAGCCAACAGGAACUGGCGAUGGCCGCCAAGAAAGCACAGCUCGGGCAGCUCAAGAACAGGUACGACAUAGCGGAACUGUCCACGCCCGAGAUAUCGCUCGACCUGCAGAACCUCAUCGACGACAGUCAGUUCAGCGAAGGGCUGUUCACGGAGAUCCUGCAACAGGGCCAGGUCAAGUUGCCCAACGGCACCGGCGGCGGCCGGAACGGCGUCAACCAGAAUGGUUUCAACUCGCGCACCACGCUCGCGUACAUGCCGCAGCCCGUGCACUACGAGAGCACGCCGGCUUCCACGGGCGGUCCCAUCAAGGAGGAACCGCCCGAGUCCGUCGAGUUCCGGAACCAGCAGCAACAGCAACAGCAGCAACAACAGCAGCAACAGCAACAACAGUACCUUAGCAACGGCCAGGGGGGCGCGUUCCAGACGUCUCCCGUGUCCAGCAACGGCAGUAGCUCGCAUCUCAAGGCCCAUCACCACAACCACCACCGGAAGUCGAGUUCCGGCAGCAACAAGUCGGUGGACAAGAACACGGACGAGUACAAGAGGAGGCGCGAACGGAACAACAUAGCGGUCCGCAAGAGCCGGGAAAAGGCAAAGAUCCGCAGUCGCGAGACCGAGGAAAAGGUCAAACUGUUGGUCAAAGAGAACGAGCGGCUGCAGAAGAGGAUAGAGCUGCUCAGCGAGGAACUCAACGUGCUCAGGUCGCUAUUCACCAACGUGGGCGUUCUGCCCGAACACCUUCAUCGGGAGCUCAACAAACAUUUCGAUGCCUAUCCACACUUGCAGUGAACCAUCAUACGCAUGGUUUCAAGAAAUUGGCAUCGAUGAACCCGAUUCAAUAUCAUCUCCUCUCACACUUUUUGGUAUUAAACAGGAAUAUUUUCUGACCUGUUUUUUUUAUUAUUAUUAUUAUUAUUUUUAUUAUGAUUAUUAUUAGUUAGAAUAAUAUAAUGUUAUUAUUGUUAUUGUUCAUAAAAAUCGUUUAUUUAAAAGUUUCUUCGGGACUUCAUACAAAAAAAAAUAAAAUGAUAUAUUAUGUAUUAAUGUAAUAAUCCUAUAAUACCUAUAUUGUACAACUGCAGAGCAUAUCAAUAUAUAUAUACGUUAAAAUGCAAAAUGAAAAUAUAUUGGCGGCGGCGCUCAAACGCUGAGCUACUUAACUAAUAUAUAAUAAUAUCUGUAAUGAUAACGUAUAAUAUUAUUUUUGUUUACGGAUAAAAAAUGUAGAGCAUACGAUUUCUUUAAAAAAAUAUUACGAAUCUUUCCGAAAUCUUUCGAUAUCGGGUACCUACCUAUAUUUUUAUACGAAUGUAUCUAAGACAUAGAUUAUUAUUAUAUGAAUUAUUUAUUUAUUUUUCUAUUCGUACAAAACCCCUUUAUAAUCAACUCAAAUAUAUUAUUAUUGUUAUGAAACACACCGCAACAUUAUAUUCACCCCUCCUUUUAGGUUUGUAUAAAAUAUGUGCAUACGCCACGAGUGUUCAAUUUUUAUUACCUAUCGUUUCGAAGAUUAUUGCUCGUCUUCUUGUAUUUUCUCUUAUUAUAAUUAUUAUUUUAUUUACCUA